AUGGGUAAAUUCGAGAUUAAGGGAUUCAGUAUUCUCCCUGUUAAAUUACCAGACAGCAAAUCCACGCAAUACAUAUUUUUCAAGAAACAUGAUGCCAAGAAUGAUCCUUUGAAUACUAAUGAGAGGUCUCUUUUUCUUUCCAACUUGCCUAUAUCGUGUGACUUUACAACAAUCAAAAAGUUUUUUCAAGAAGUGGCCUUAGGCUCAACUGUGGAAAGUUUCACGACUUCGAGCCUCACAAACUGCUCCGAGGAUGUUUGGAUAAAUCUUACCAAGCUUACUUCUGACCUCCCCUUAAGCACUGUUGAUGAGACAGCGACCAAGCUACCCAAGAACUCAGCGAUUGUCACGUUUGUAGACAAGGCAUCUUUACAACUUGCAUACACAGCACUAAAAAAACUUUCCUCCUCGUCCUCGUCUUCGUCCUCGUCCUCAUCAGCUGCAGCAACGACUACUACUACAACAACAACAACCACAUCGAAACAAUCUGAAAUUAAACAGUGGCCAAUCAAGCCUAUGGGAUCUGCCUACUACUUACAUGCAUACGAACUGCAGGUGCUCGAUAAGGAAACGUUAUCGGAGCAAGUUGCAAAAGCAUUGCAAGAUUUUGACAGAGCUGAGAAGGAGAGCAUUGAAGAGUUACAACAACAGGCCAAUAUGGUUGACGAAGAUGGGUUCACGUUAGUUGUUGGGUCUCAUAGAAAGACAAAAGCCGGAAUUUUGGGAAAACAGAAGUUGGCCAAUACAGUAGAGAGUGAAAAGGCAAAGAAUUCUUUGAAAAAGAAGGAGAAACAAGAUUUCUAUAGAUUCCAGUUAAGAGAAAAGAAGAAGGAGGAAAUGAAUGAUUUGUUGAGCAAGUUUAAAGCUGAUCAAGAGAAAGUGAGGUUAAUGAGAGAAAAGAAGCGUUUCCGACCGUAUUAG